UGAUGUACAAUUACACGGAGUUGCUGCGCCACCUGAACAUAACCGAGGAGGACUUGGACUACAGUUUGAGCGCCUUCGGGCCCGAAUGGAGCCUGACCGGCGGCCCACCGGUAGGUAGCAGCGAAAAUAAUGGUCCCACGUGCCAGUGCGGGCCCUGCCACUGCGGUGGUCUGGUGCGCCGUGUCGCCGGUGCUUACCGCGCGUACCACGGCUACGUGGCCCUGUUGGUGUGUGGCUUCGGUACCCUGGCCAAUCUCCUCAACGUGGCCGUGCUCACGCGCAAGGAGCUCUGGCGGGCCGGGGUCAAUCGCAUACUCACCGGCCUGGCCGCCUGCGACGUCCUCGUCAUGCUCGAGUACAUGCUGUUCGCCGUGUACGAGUAUCUCGUGCUCCCCGAGCGCAGGCUCUUUCCCUACGGCUGGGCCGUCUUUGUCCUCUUCCACAUGCACUUUAGCCAACUGCUGCACACCGUCAGCAUCGCCCUCACCCUCGCCCUCGCCGUCUACCGGUACAUCGUCGUCAGGUACCCGCAGUGCAGCCGCAGCUGGUGCAGCCCCGACCGCUACAGAUUGGCCCUGCUCGGCAGCAUGCUCGUGGCAGUGCUCGCCUGUGCCCCGAGUUACUUCGUUUUCGGGAUUCGAGCUCAAAGGGUUUACGAGGGUGGCAGAGUGGAGGUGCUGUACCACGUGGACGCGAGGGGCUCGGGCGGUGGGUCGGAUGGCCGGCGACUCCUGUACCAGCUAAACUUCUGGCUUCUCGGGGUCCUCGUCAAGCUCCUGCCUUGUCUCGUCCUCACCGUCAUCAGUUGGCGACUCAUCCAGGCGCUCUACAAAGCCAAGGCCCGCCGGCAGCUCCUGCAGGUGGCCGGCAGUUCGACGAGCGCAUCGGCCGAGCGAACGGAGCGCCGAGCCGAUCGCACGACCCGCAUGCUCCUCGCUGUACUCCUGCUGUUCCUCAUCACCGAGUUCCCGCAGGGGGUCCUCGGCCUCCUGUCCGCUCUCCUCGGUGAGUGCUUCUUCAGGAGCUGUUACCACAGCCUCGGCGAGAUCAUGGACAUACUCGCCCUAUUCAACGGCGCCGUCAAUUUCGUACUCUACUGCUCCAUGUCCCGGCAGUUUCGCACGACCUUCGGACAAUUGUUCAAACCGAACGCCAUAGCCGCUUGGCAGCCGGCUUGCACCCACCACACGGACAUUGUACAGAGCACGUAUGUGUGA